UUCAGUUGAUUCGUGACUGUCAAUUCGAUCGGUCACACCUUCAAUUAAAAAUUGCGCUACCGAUCAUUUAAUUUUUAAUAAAUAAAUAAAAUUUGUGUAAAAAAUUUAAGAUUUGUUUCGUCAACAAGAAAUUUUUUAUUAUUUCAUAAAAAAUUUUUGGAAUCUUCAGGAUUAUCACUAAUAUUUUGUAUUUUAUUAUUGUAAAAUUUUUUAAUAAAGUGAACAGAAAAAAUUGAACACUAAUUAUGUGAAGAAAAAAGUUUUAAUUAAGCUACAGUGUCAACUCAAGUAAUUUCUGUUUAAUCAGAUAAAAUAUUUUUUAUUAUUUUUUAACUUGAAUUCAUAAAACGUAAAAACAAUUAAAGUAAUUGUCAAUAAUUUUUGUGCAACGAUUCAAAUUUUGUUUAAUGAAUAUUGAUAUUUAUUAUUAGAAUAAAAAAUAAUUUAAUUCUCAUAACAACAUCAGUUGUUGAGAAGAACUCUUAAUUUUAAAUUCUUACGACGCCACUGUACGACUUUGAGAAAACUUUGACGUUUAGUUUUUUGUAUUCCAACACCAGAAGCCGCCAAGUGAACUUCAUAGUGCAAACUUUUGUUUUUUGUGUAGUUUUUUUACUAAAAUUUUCUUAUAGUCGCUUUGUAUCGUAAAUAAAUAAAUAAAUAAAAAUAAAAAUGACUCGAUCAAUUAAAAUAUAUAGUAGUUUAAUUAUUAUAUAUAUAAGUUUUCUAACGUUUAUUGAUGCGUAUUCAGUACUGAGUGCCAUAAAAGCCGAACCAACAUUUUAUAAAUUUUCAACAAAAUUUACUGAGGUGGCACUAGAGAGUCAUAAAAAUAAUUUAAUAUGUUCACCACUAAGUGCUGCAAUCGCAUUAUCAAUGAUAACAUAUGGAGUACGUAAUAAAAGUGAAGAAGAAUUAGUAUCAGCUUUAUAUUAUCCUAAAUAUAAUAAAUAUAAUGAUAUUUAUAAUAUAAAAACAUUUUUGGAUAAUUUGAAUAAUUUUAAAGAUCUUGAUUUACAUAUCGCAAAUAAAUUAUUUAUUGCUAAAAAAUUUUUAGUAAAGCCAGAAUUUAAAGAAUUAACACGAAUCUAUUAUCAGUCAGAAUCCGAAAAUGUUGAUUUUACGAAACCACAAGAAGCUGCUGAUUUAAUAAAUGAUUGGAGUGCUCGUAAAACUAAUGAUCGUAUUAAAGAAAUUGUUAAAGCAGAUAAUUUUGAUGUUGACACAUCUCUCGUUUUGGUAAACGCUAUUUACUUAAAAGCGAAAUGGUUAAAUAGUUUUUAUGCUGAUAACACAAAAUUAUUGCCAUUUUAUAUUAAUUCAGAAGAGUACAAAAAUGUGCCAAUGAUGUACCAAAAAAAUGAAUUUAAAUGCGGCAAUAUCGAAGAUCUUAGAGCAGAAUAUAUUGAACUUCCAUAUAAAGGAGUAUCUCACAUGGGAUCAACAGUGAGCAUGUACAUUUUUCUUCCCUAUGAAGGCAGUAGUUUAAAAACCAUAGAAGAAAAUUUACAUAAACUUCGUGCUACUGAUUUUCACCAUAACUAUAACAAGCUUACAAUUAAAUUGCAAUUGCCACGAUUUAAACUAGACAGUACUAUUGAUUUGAAGUCUCAUCUAAUAAAAAUGGGUGUUAAUGAAAUUUUCAAAGCCACAGAUAAUUUCUAUGACAUUUCUGAUUCACGUCCAUUGAAAGUAACCAACGUUAUACAAAAAGCUUUUAUUGACGUUGAUGAAAAUGGAAGUGAAGCUGGUGCCAUUACUGCAUUCCGUGUAGAAAGUAGAAUGUUAGACGAUUCGAAUGUUAAAUCUUUCAAUGUAAAUAGACCAUUUAUUAUGCUUAUUUCUACACCGAGAAAUAUACUUUUCAGUGCCCGUAUUACCGACCCAUCUUUGUAAUUACCAUUUUUAUUAUAAUUUAAAUAUGUACUGUAAAUUUAAUCAAAA